AUGCUAUUUUAUACAGGGGCAAAAGAGUACAAAAAAGGUGGAGGAAAAGAACACCAUUCCAGCCACAAGGGCGAAAAGGGGGAGAAAGGCGAUAAAGGUUACAAAGGUCAUCAUUAUAAUGAAAAGGGGGAAAAAGGACAUAAAACUAAAGAGGACCACGACAAAGAAUACGAAGAAAAAGGUGGCCACAAAAAGAAACAUCACCAUGAUGAUGGUUACGCGGCCGAACAUCACCAAGGAGAAAAAGGUCAUAAGUCAUCGAAGUAUCAUGAAAAUGGCGAUCAUUCCAAAGGUCACAGCACCAAAGGAGAACACAUCAUUCAUAAGAAGGACGAAUAUGAUAAGAGACAAGAAUUUUACGAUGAAAGCCACGAAGAAGAUGGGUUUGAAAAAGAUGGAGAAUACUUCCAUGAAAGCGAUUACAAAAAGGGUGGUCACGAAAAAGGAGGAUUCGUCAAAGGUGGCGAAGAAUCGGCCCAACAUGGCAAAAAACACCACUACGACAAAGGCGGUCAUUACAAAGAAGGAAAAGGCCACAAAGGAGCGGCCGGUCAUGAUUCUCACUACGAUCAUGAACACAAAAAGGGAGAAAAGGAAGACAAUUCUGGGGGAAAGAAAUGGUCUUACAGUAAAGGAGAUGGAGGUGGUGGUGGAGGAGGACAUAAACAUAGCGGAAAAUAUGAACACGCUGAUUCUGUUAACAUUCCUAUACGUGUUGUACAACCAAUUAUUCGACAUAAAGACAAUGAUGUACAAAGCAACAUUCCUAAGUUAGUACUAGAAGAAGACGUAGACAAUUUCAAGCAGCCUGAUGUGAUUUAUCCACCUCUAACUCCACAUGAAUUUGUAAGAGGGCAAAGGAGGUAUGAUGAAGACCGUAUUGUUAUAUCAAAACCUAAUCAUAAAAAAAUAGUGGACGAAAGAAUCAAUAUACAAAGAAGAAACGACGAAGUAGAUGAUGCUAAUUACGAAGAUGAAAUAAUAAAUCCUGAAUUAGAACGAAAACAAGCUCACACCAAAGAUCACAGUAUCUUCAGAUCCGUAUUAAAUCGAAGCACAGACAAUAAAAUUGUUGACGAAGCAGACAAAAAAUCUAAAGAUUUAAACACAGAAACUACUAAGUUUAAAUCGAUAAAUUCCGACUAUUUAGACGAAUAUGAUUUAUUAGAUGAUAAAAAAAACGACGAGGUUGGAGUUUAUAGUGUAUACACUCUAGGUGACUACAGAGUACCAGCAGUGCCAAAAAUUCAACCUACAACAGGAACCGAAGGAUAUGAAAAACUCAAAGACGUUGCGAUUACUUCAGACUCUGCGGAAUAUUCUAGUUCUGAAGAAACAACAACGCAAAAUCUACAAGAAGAAUUAAAUAGGACGAUUCUAACAGAUGAUGACGUUGAUGCGUCAAAAAAGGUUUCAAAAAAUAUACACGAUACCAAAGAAAUUGGACCGAUUACAGCUGUUAGUAAAGACGUUGAAGAUAUUGAAGAAGAUGAGGAACUUAGGAAUGUGAAAGAUACUGACGAUAAUGAGGAACUUAGAAAUGUGAAAGAUACUGACGAUGGUGAGGAACUUACGAAUGUGGGCGAUACAAAAGUGUUGACAGCCUCAAUGGAACCCAUCGUGGUUGGUGACGAAGUUGAAGAAGAAAGUGAAAAUUAAAAGUUUGUGAUAAUUAAAACGGGA